AUACUCUUACUCUUUGGUAGUCUUUAUAGUCUAUGGUUAAUGUUUAAUGUUUUGGGCUGGUUUCGUGUAAAAAUAAAUAUAAAAUAAUACAUAGUAAAAUUAAUAUUGAUUACAUUGAGAUCCAUUAUGUGUGCUGCGGUUGCAAAAAUGGAUUCAAACUUGACUAGUAUGUGGGUGAACUUCUUUACGGCGGCUGGUAUUCCGUCCGACGUGUCUGCAACAUACGCGCUCACGUUCACGGAGAACCGCAUCCAGAGCGACAUGCUCCUGGACCUUAACAAGGAGUACCUGCGAGACAUGGGGAUUUCUAGAAUGGGAGACGUUAUCGCCAUAUUGAGGCAUGCCAAACAAGUACAUGAGAACACGGCCCGGGACCGUGUCCUCAGCUCGGCAGUGCCCACCAAAGUACCUGUUGCUGCUGUAACCGGGCGAGCUACUGUGUCCUCACAACCUUCCUCACCGGCCAGCCGCAUAUUGGAGCACUACACGCGCAACCCACAAGUGCAGGACUCUCCUAGCCCCACUUCUCAACUUAAAAGAAAAGCUCUGGAUGUUGGGAAUGACGACAUCUAUUUGAAAAAGUCGCGGCUGAUACGUUUUGCUCCCACGCAGCAAACAGGAGUUAAAGAAGGUUCGUCUAAAACCGUGUUCGCUCGACUAGGGAACUCCGAGUCGGGGAAGGUAUCGCCCGUCACAACUAAAGCAUCGGUAAAGCCAAUUUAUGCUCGUCUUGGAUCAAAAGCCGACAAAGAAGAGGACGACCAAGCUAUACCGAUCGAGAAGGAUGCCCUCAAAUAUGCAGGCAUACUCAAGAAUACAGUGGAUGUCUCUAAGAAGGUUUUCACAGUCACUACAUCAAAGAAUAACGUUAGAAAAAUAGCGGUCGGCACUAUGCGGGCUGACGAGGCUCCAGUUAGUGUAAAAACCAAACUGGCAAAACCCAAGUCAGUCAAGUUUUCCAACCAAAUUCAGUAUAAAGAAAUAGACUCAGUUCAGCUCAAUCAGAAGGCACAGACACAGAAAGCAGUGCAGACUCCUGUGCCGAAGUUCACACCAGUGUUCAAUAAACCUGAGAGGAGACUGUCCAUGCCACCCGUAGCCAACAAUGGCAUUAAAGCUAGGCUAGGUCAGAAGAACACAAACAACUUGACAAUAACUAGGAAUGUUUUCAACAGACUGGGUGUUUGAUUUAGAAGACUUUAAUGUGACUGUCUGACAUACAUACGGUGCGAGUGCAGUACAUGCAUAGUGACGCCAUUAAUAUUUCGCCGUGAAGUGCACUAGACGGUCGUAAUGUGAUUGUUGUUUAAUUGUUGUACAGACAAUUUAUUACUUUUAUAAUCGUGUUGUGUUUGUGUGAACUCAGUUGUGCGUUGACGCUUGACCUAUAUAAUAAUAAGUUAGCCCACACAAUAUUGCUGUGUAUUUAUAUUUCUAAUAUCAUUAUCUCACGCAUUUACUAUUGUAAACCUUGAUAUAACUCAUUUAUGAUUCUGACUGUAGGUAAGUUUUGUGAACUUUCAUUAUUUAAAUAAAACUAGUUACACAAUCAACGACUAAAUAUCACACGCCUGGCGAGUGAAGAGUAUGGCCUUCCUAUGAAUGAAGUUAGUUAUCAUAAUUGAUGAUUAAAGAUAUAUAUAGUACAUAAUUACAUAGUAGUAAGAGAAGUAGGCACGAUACUGGGCAAACUAAGAAACUUUUGCAAAGAAAUAACAAUUUUAACAUAAAGAUUAGUCAAAACAACAUUGGAUACAAAGAUCAGGGAAUGUUGGGUAACAUGUCCAGCUGGGUUCGAAGGACAUGUAUCAAUGAUAUAUAUCUGAUAUAUAUCCAAAGACUUUUUGUGAUAUUAUUAUUUAUAAUUUUUGCGUGAUCUUGUAGAAGAUUUCAUAUUUUAGAUUCGUUUGUAUGAUUUUAAGUACUUAGGUACUUAAAGAAAUAAAAAUUGUCCAGUAAUUGGUUGUUUAAUCAAAACCAAAAAAAGUAACCGAAAUAAUCCUAGUUAUAAAAAUCAUCAUGAUGUUCAUACAAAUGGAUUUAUAUCAAACUUGAUAUAUUUCGGAUAUAUGUCAUAAAUACAUAUUGGAUAUUUUCGAAGCCUGAUGUCAAGUCAUCAAUCUUUGUACCUACAAGAGUCUCUUGUACACAUUUCGUUUCUGUAAGCAACAUAACUUUUGUAUAUACAAAUUCCUUGUUAACUAUUACUAUAAGAUGUAUAUUUUUCUACUACAUGGACAAUUUCAAUAUUGCGAUAUCAUGGUGCUAAACUUUAAGACAUGUUUUUGUUGACGAAUGAGUGUAAAAUGUGUUUGACAAGAAUAUCUUUUUCAUGACAGUUUGACAUUUAAUUAUUCUCGGUACACAGUGAACAAAACGUAGGAUUAGACUGUAAUAUAUAGAAUAGGUUUCGUGAAUCAUUUAACUUGUAUAAUAACUAUUGCUAGAUAUGCUUUUAUUUGAAAAAUACUAGCGUCACGUUGCGACUGAGUAGGCGAUUAACGACCGAAAUUAAUAACUGAUCUUAUUCCAACUUGUGUGGAUCAAAGUUUUUAAUAGAAGCUCCAUCCAAUUAAUUAAAUGUCAAAGUCGAUUUUAAUUGAAAGACUCUGGAUUAAGCUCGGGUAUUAUUUCGGUAUACUUAAAGACAUUGCCGUUGCACCCGUGACGUUAGGUACUUGUAGGGUUCUCCGGUUGUAUGGCAAACGAAUAAUCCAAACAUAAUGCGUCCAUGCGGAGCACGCGCGGCGCGCCUGCAAGCUGAGGAACAUGGACAGUACAAUGUAAGUACAUGCGGAGGGCGCGCCGCGCGGGGCGACACACAGGUACGACACGCUGAGCGAUUAGCCACAGCCACAGCCAUCCUGAACUCACACAAUUCGCGCGAGACUUCGGUAAGAACUUGACCAAUGUGGCAGAUGUGCACUCCCGCAAGUUCACGGGUAGUUGCGGUGUCACGCAACUUGCAGCGUGACGCGUGAUAAUCGCCGUUGUAGAUCUUUUCUCGAAUAGUUCACGUGAAUAUGGCAUAAUGUUUUAAUUAAUAAUAAUUUAAUACAUUUAAUAUUUUCUGUGUACCUAGGUAUGUAAAUAUAAAAUUAAAUGAUUUAUUUAAAAUUUAAAAA